AUGCGGUCCACGCUGAUCAUCGUGAUCGCCGUCGCGAGCAUGCUGGCGGUGGCCUCAGUCGCAGACGGUCGCGAGCUGCUUCAGAGCCCCGCCUACAAGCGGUGCGUUGGGUCCUUCAACCAGGCCGGCGCGGAGGCCGGCCUCAGGAAGCGCGUGCCCUCGUGCGUCAACUUCAACCUGCAGAAGUGCUGCGCCGAGACCAAGGCCACCCUGAACGGCGGCAACUUCCAGGGCUGCCUUUGCGACAAGGAGGUGUCCUCCUUCAUUGAGGGCCGCCUCUCCAAGGCCGGCAUCGCGGGGCUCAAUGCCAACACCUUCAGCGUAUUCCUAAAGACCUGCGGCAUCCCCAACGCCAAGACGGGCGGCUGCUGA